AUCGAGUUACGAAGAGGAAAGGUAAGCAAAGAGACGAGUUAAGGAUGUUCAAUGUGCAAUUCAGCUGAUACUUAUUAAACCAGACUAAGAAAAGAUUUCCUGGGAACAAGCCUGACAGACCACCAGGAUGGGUCAGGCGUUUACCAGGGCGGCCCAAUGGACGUCGGCCAAAGACGGAACCGGAGGCAAACUGGAGUUCACAAAAAUUAAUGAAGAACUCCUCAAUUGCAUUGUACAGUUUAUUGAUGGAUACAGCAGUAAAUUCUCAUCAGAAUCAAAACUUGUGUUCAAAAAACCAUUAAAAUGGCAAUCCUCAUUAACACCAAACCAGUUUUCUGCAGCAGGCUGUUCAGAACGGGGGGAUGACUUGGUAUCUGAUGAGAUGGCUGAUAAAGAGAACCCCCUGUUCUCGCUGAUGAAGAUAAAUGCCUCAUCCUAUCAGUGUUGUGUGAUGAGUCUGGAGUGGGCGGAGAAGGUCUCUCAGUCAGCAGGCGACAGAAAACUACACGAAGUCAGAGCCUGCCUAGAAGCCAACAGAGAUCCAGGAGCCAACAUACUUGGUGACAGGUUCGCUACAGUAGAAGGGGAAGACAACUCCAUCUACAGAUUCACAGAGGAGAUCACCAAGGAGAUCGAACAGUUGAGCAAACAAAGCAGUGAGGGAGAGGGAAAUGAAGACCGCACCGCGGAGAUCGAGGAGAAAAAAGCCAUACUCAAGCUGAAACUUCAGCUAUCAAAACUGGACCAGGACUUAAUGAACACAAGCAUUUCUCUCAUAUCAAAAGAAGUGCGUCUCAAUCCUUCUACGGUGGAUGGAGAGGUGAAGAACUUAAGAGAAUUGUCCGGCCCCUCAGAGGAAUCCUGUGUCUUAAAAAGCAUUGGCUUCUAUGGCCCUGUCUUCGUGUUUGAGAAUGGGUGUCGUGCCCCCGCCCACAGACAGCUCCAUGGUGACAUCGCCUACGUUGAGGUCCAACCCUUCGACACCGGUGUUCUCUACAUAAUGGCAAACACAUCUGGCUACUACACCUUCAAGGGACCCGACGGUCUGGGUGAGAUGCAAUAUGAGAGAGAAGGUGAGCCCUGCCGUGACCUGGUUCUGCUCCUUAAACAGAAAAGUCCCAAGUUUGCAGAAAUGAUUGAUAAUCAGGAUUUCUCCCUUAAAGUGCGAGAGGAGAACGAAAAGCUGUCAGAUCAUCGCCAUGAAGACACAAUGGACAAUGAUGAGCAGGUUACCCAGCGGACAGACAUACAGCGAAGGAAGAAAGAAAUGGAAGAACAAGACAAAGAAAAGCAAACAAAGCAAAAGACACAGCGGAAGAAACGUCUGGAACCAUCACUCAAGUGGAAGGCCUUAGGCAUGGAGGAGUACAAAGUAGAUGAGAGGCAAGGUGACUCAAACAGAAGACUGAAAAAGAAGAAAACAACACCAAGGAUGAAGUCUAAGACACCUAUAGAUGCUGAGGACUCGUUCAGCGAGAGCUCUACGGAGAGUGAGGAGGAAGAGGAGGCCGUGGAGAGGAGGAGCGAGACCAACGCUGACCUCCCCUCCGAGUACUGGCAGAUACAGAAACUUGUCAAAUAUCUCAAGGGAGGUAACCAGACCGCCACAAUCAUAGCCCUGUGUGCGAUGCGUGACUUCAACUUGGCACAGGAGACAUGUCAGUUGGCCAUCAGAGAUGUGGGAGGACUGGAGGUCCUCAUCAACCUACUCGACACAGAAGACAUCAAAUGCAAGAUCGGUUCUCUAAAGAUAUUAAAAGAAAUUUCCCGUAACACUCAAAUACGUCGUGCAAUAGCUGAUCUCGGGGGACUACAGACCAUGGUAAAGAUCCUGCGUGACCCUGACAAGGACCUCAAAUGUUUGGCUGCUGAAACCAUUGCCAAUGUAGCAAAAUUCCGUCGUGCAAGACGAACUGUUAGGCAGCAUGGAGGAAUCAAGAAGUUGGUUGGCCUGCUGGACUGUGUGUUGCUGACCAGCCAAAUGACCCCGGAGAUAGAGAAGGACAUUGAGGUGGCGCGAUGUGGAGCACUGGCCCUGUGGAGCUGCAGCAAGAGUAAGAAGAACAAGGAGGCCAUGAGGAAGGCGGGCGCCAUUCCUCUCCUCGCCAAACUCCUCAAGUCGGUCCAUGAGGACAUGCUCAUCCCAGUCGUUGGCACCCUACAGGAAUGCGCUUCAGAGCCGAGCUACAGGUUGGCUAUAAGGACAGAAGGUAUGAUUGAAGAUCUGGUGAAGAAUAUCAAGAGUCAAACGGAUGAACUACAAAUGCAUUGUGCAUCAGCAGUCUUCAAGUGUGCGGAGGAGAAGGAGACCCGAGACCUUGUGAGACAGUAUGGCGGUCUGGACCCGCUCGUCUCGUUGCUACAGAAGACAGAAAACAAGGAGCUCCUUGCAGCAGCCACUGGAGCCAUCUGGAAAUGUGCUAUUAGUCCAGAGAACGUACAACGAUUCCAGGAGCUCAAGGCCAUAGAGAUGCUGGUGUCUCUGUUGAACGACCAACCAGAGGAGGUGCUAGUAAAUGUUGUUGGAGCCCUUGGUGAGUUAGCCAAGGACCCACCAAACCGUCUGGCCAUCAGAAAGUCUGGAGGAAUCCCACCCCUGGUCAACCUACUGACCGGUACUAACCAGGCUCUACUGGUCAAUGUGACCAAGGCUGUGGGGCAGUGUGCAGAGGAGCAAGACAACAUGGGUAUCAUAGAGAAGCUGGACGGUGUGAGAUUGCUGUGGUCACUACUGAAAAACCAGAACACAGAGGUCCAAGCCAGUGCAGCCUGGGCUAUCUGUCCCUGUAUUGAGAAAGCCAAGGAUGCUGGUGAGAUGGUGAGGUCGUUUGUGGGCGGUCUAGAAUUGAUAGUGAGUCUGCUCAAGUCACAUGAUAAGGAGGUACUGGCCAGUGUGUGUGCCGCCAUUGCCAACAUCGCCAAGGAUGAGGAGAACUUAGCGGUCAUCACUGACCACGGUGUGGUUCCAAUGCUGGCCAAACUAACAAAUACGUAUUCAAUGAGAGGGAAAAAGCCAGAAGUGACUGAUGAUAAGCUACGGAGGACGUUGGCCGAGGCGAUCGCACGGUGCUGCAAUUGGGGCAACAACAGAACAGCGUUUGGCAGAGAAAAGGCAGUAGGGCCCUUAGUCAAGUACCUCAAGUCCCAGGACGAAAACGUACAUCGGUCAACUGCCAGGGCCUUAUUUCAGCUGUCAAAAAAUCCAGAGAACUGUAUCACCAUGCAUGAGGCGGGAGUUGUACAGCCCCUGAUGGCCAUGGUGGGAUCUUCCGACGAGGAUCUCCAAGAAUCGGCAGCUGGAUGCAUCAGUAACAUUAGAAGAUUAGCAUUGGCCAAUGAGAAAGCACGUUACUCAUAGCUGUGGAAAAAAAGACAAAAUAGCGUGAAAUGGACCAAAGUAUGAAAAGUAUUCGGGCAGCAAUCGGUAUAUAGAAACAUCUGAAUGAUAAAGCCAAAAACACGACAGAAGUAAACAGCUUCAAAGAGAAUUUCGAAAACAUUUUCGUUAAAGUGGCAAAGGCGAACUUCCAAUAUACUGUGAUAUAUAUCUGUGUCUUGUUCAGAUACUCAUGUGUUUGUCGAUGUUGUUGUCAAUGAUGUCGAUGUUGUUGUCAAUGAUGUCGAUGUUGUUGUCAAUGAUGUCGAUGUUGUUGUCAAUGUUGAUCAAAGUACUGAAGCUUAUAUCCGUCCUCUAAUAUUGUUCUAAGUAUCUGUGUGCUUCUUUUGUAGAUUGUUAACUAUUAAGAGGAAAUCAACACUUAAGUUUCUAGGAAAGAUAUAUUUGUAUGGCAUUUAUAAGUGAGAUAUCUUUUAAGUUACAUUAUUCGUGGUAGUACUGGUAAAAACAGAUAAAUUAAUGAAUAAAUCAGGGGGGGGGGGGGGGGG